AUGUCAAUGGAUUGGCAAGCAGGGGUCAUGGAGCUGGAAGAACUGUCCCCUGAGAUACCGGAGCAUACAGCAGCAGCUGAGGAGCAGCCUCUAUGGUUGAAAGGCACCAGUGACAGCCAGGCCAAGCCCCACUCCUCAAGAUGGAGGAGGAGCUGUUGCCCCCUGCAGGGACUCCCCAGCAGGCCACUGGGGGAAGCCCCAGGACGCAGACAGCAGGUGGAGAGCAGUAGCCGGCCAGAGACCAACUUCAGCAAGAAACUGUGCGGAGCUCCAGCCGCUGGACUUCCUGCAGCAGGAGAGCCUCGGCACCCUGCCCCUGAUGAUCUCACUGCACACAGCCGAGGGCCCCACCCGCCUAGGAAUCCGGAACCUUCUCCUACCAGCUCGCCUAGCGACCAGGCCAAGAGCGUGGGGGACCUGCGCUGGGCCCCGCCGGCGGUCCCCGUGCCCAGCGCAGCAGGAGCUGGAGACCACGCUGAGCACCAGGUGACGCCCGCGCGGUUCCUCCAGGGCGCCUGCAGGCAGGCGGCAGGGUGGCUGUGACCGGAUUCUGGAGCGGCUCCUGGCCCCACGCAGGCAGGGUCCCCAGAGACAGCUCAUGUAGCAGAUCCGCAGCCCCAGGGCCCUCAGGCACCGCCGCCGUUGCCGCCCUCGCUCAGCCCCUAGCGCGUACGCCCUGGCCGAGCGAGCUGCCCCCAUUGAACCCGCGCGGGCGCUCCGCCUCUCCGCAGGGGCUCCUGUCGACCCCGCGGGCUGGGGCUCCGGGUUCCUGUCCCAACCUGCGCCACCUCCAGCCCCCCCGACUCCCCAGCGGCUCCUUCCCACUCCUAGCCUUGGCUGCUCCCAGCGCGGAACCGAUCCCCUCCCCUGCCUCCAGCGUCGCGGGUCGCGCCUUUGGCAGCCUCUUUGGCGUCUGCGCCUCAGCGCUGGGGCCAGGGGCCCUCUUGA